UGGUGCCGCUCUGGGAUUGUAAGGUAUUCCGACUCGGUCGGCUGACGACGGAAAUCACCAGAUUUGCUGGGUCUCAUCCAGUCAUCGCUGCCAAUCAGAUUCAACAAUGCUUCGUCUCUUGCUGCUUCUCGGCACACUCACUGUGGCCAAGGCGGAUUUGUGGGCUUUCAAGUGUGUCCAGGAGCAAAAGUGUGUCCGCGUCAACAAGAAUGCGCUUAAUCAGGAAACAUCCUUUGGUGAAUUCAACGAACGCAUUUAUGAAACAUUGAAAAUUUGCCGCCUUGUUUGCGGAAACCACGGCGCUUUGUGGCCGCGUCCCACCGGAAACACUUUCAUCGGACCGAGUUUGAUGCAAUUCCAUCCGAACUUCAUCAGAUUCGACUUUCAAGAUAUCCCUCUGGCCACGAAAGAUCUCAUGGUAGACAUGACCAAACUGUUCAUGAGAAGCAUCAAAUACGAGUGUAGCUCGAAUUGCACACUUCCCUCGGAAACGGAGGUUAUCGUGAGGAUAUUCAUUACGUCGCCGGACACAACCCUUUCCUGGGACACAGUAGAAUCCUACAGUUUGGACAUAUCCACGCUCGGCACUAAAGUCUCCGUGGACAUUGCAGCAGCCACAGUUUAUGGUGCUCGACACGGCCUCGAGACUCUGUCACAGCUCAUUACAGUCCAACCGGGACCUGAAAAUUCCUAUCGCAAUGGACUCGUGAUAACAGAAGCUGCGCGCAUCAGAGAUGCUCCUGUUUACUCCCACCGAGGAUUUAUGCUGGACACAGCGCGAAAUUUUAUACCCAUCCGACAGAUCCGAAAGAUCUUGGACGGAAUGGCAUCCACAAAGCUCAACGUAUUUCACUGGCACAUCACAGACUCCCAAAGUUUCCCCCUGGAGACGCCCAGAGUGCCUCUCAUGGCGCAAUGGGGCGCCUAUUCGGCGGAUGCCGUUUACCAUCAAUCGGACGUGCGCUCAGUUGUAAGAUGGAGUCGAGCGCGGGGAAUCAGGGUGAUCCUGGAGUUGGAUGCUCCAGCUCAUGCUGGAAAUGGCUGGAGCUGGGGUCCACAGCAUGGCCUGGGGGAGUUGGCGAUCUGCGUAAAUGAGCAGCCUUGGAGGAAUUUAUGCAUCCAGCCGCCGUGCGGACAACUCAAUCCCAUCAACCCGAAUCUCUAUCACGUCCUCAGGGACAUUUAUCGCGACAUAAUGGAUGUAAUCGCUCCGGAAGAGACUAUUCACAUGGGCGGCGAUGAGGUGUUCUUCCCCUGUUGGAAUUCCUCGCAAGAGAUAAGAGAUCUUCUGCGAUCUCGCGGCAGAGACCUCCAAGUGGAGGAUUUCAUGCAACUCUGGGCUGAGUUUCAGGCAUCCGCGCUCAGGAUUUGGGACGAAGAGAGCGGCAGAGCGCCUAGCAGUCGAGAUCCCAGAAAGCCACCGCCUCCAGUCGUUCUGUGGUCCAGCCACCUGACACUCCCGGACACUAUUGAGCACUAUCUGGAGAAGGAACGAUAUGUUGUCCAAGCAUGGCUGAAGGCCGACGAUCAAAUUCCCAGCAUGCUACUCGAGAAGGGCUACAGAGUCAUCUUCUCCACAAAAGACGCCUGGUAUCUGGACCACGGCUUCUGGGGCAUAACGUCAUACGCUUCCUGGCGGAAGGUGUACAACAAUCGCAUCCCCACAAACGAUGGAGUUCUCGGGGGCGAAACGUGCCUCUGGUCCGAACUUGUUGAUCUCAAUACAGUUGAAACGCUCACAUGGCCUAGGACUGCUGCUCUGGGAGAAAGACUGUGGUCUAAUCCGGACACAGGCGCAAAUCUGGCAGAGACCAGAUUUUACAGACACAGAGAUAGACUGGUGACUCGGGAAAUCCGGGCAGAGGCAGUGGCGCCCAAGUGGUGUGUUCAGAACGAGGGUCAGUGUAGCUGAUCGAAGGCCAGGAAUAAACUGUAUUAGAAUAAAUAGGAAAAAGGAUAAAAGUAAAAU